AUGCAGAAAAGAAGCGAUUUUCCACAUAAAUCAACUACAAAGAGGGUGGAAAACAGAAGACAAUACGAUGAAACAAUAUCCAUAGGAAUAUUUUUAGCACAGAAACAGCUUAAUUUUUUAAAGAAUAAAAAAAACACAACACAAAAUCCCGAGUCGCUUCUCACAUUGAGCACAAAUUUCCGAAUAAUGAUCUCUACACCGACAGCGAUAAACACAGUUGAAAAAAAGUGA